GUUCAAUAUCCACACAAAUGAAAAAGGCACCAGAAAGCUAUUUAAGGAAAACCUCCAAUAGUCAAUUAUAUAAGACUUUUUUUUGCAUUUCUUCCUCUUUUCUUCUUGUCAACUACCUGUUCGUUAAUUUGUGAAAGAGAGAGAGAGAGAGAGAAAGGGCGCUUGAGAGGGUGGGGGAAGAUUCUUAAAGAGUUUCUGAUGAAGAAUAUGUUGAACUGAUCCUCCUCACCAAGUUCAGUUCUUCAUCAGAAACCCCCCCUAUUAUCUUCCAUCUUUCACUUCCACCCCCUCCUGGGCCUCCUCAUCUCCUUCCGUCCUUAUCUUUCAUUUCUUUUGGGUGGUGGGGUUUCACCUAAUUUUCGGUACAAUCUCCACAACAACAACAAUCCAGAUCUGUUUGUUGCAUUAUUUUCUUUUCUUUGUUCCAAAAGAGAAUCUGAGGAUUUUGGAGAUAUGGGUCUCUGCAUCUAGACUUAUCUUAACAUUUAACUUUUCUUAUCCCUGAAGGCCAUCUGAGGACCCCAUCUCCAUUAGCUUCUCUCCUCCUUCCUCCUUCCUCCUUCCUCCUAUCCUUGAACGCCAUCUGUUUUAGCUGUCUGUACGGCUGGGGUCCUUACCAUUUUCUUUCUUUUCCACUGAGCAAACCAUUUGCAAUAUUUGGCUUCCUUUCCUUUUCCUUGUUGCAGUGCCAUCGUUUUUUUCAUUCAUUCGUUGCAUGUCAUACACGAAAAAUCUCUUGUUGGAUUGGAUUGGCUUAAGGCGAGUUAUACGUUAGUUGGUUUGUUGUUUUCGGAGGCCCACCGUUGGGUUUUGGUGGGCUUCGUGGGAACCAGUUAAAAACCAUCUAUUCAAGAUCACCAUUUAUGCCGACCUUGAAUUUGAGGCCGCUUAUAAAUUUGUGAUGCUACUUUACUUGUUCAUAACUUGCCUCUCCCUUGUCUUUUUCUGGAAAGACUUGUCCUUCUUUACCCUCUCCAACUUCGCGAAGCAAGGCAUUUCGAUUCCCUUCCGCCCUCGAAUUCCUUCCAGAAUGUCCCUCGUGAGGAAAACUCUAUCCCUUUCUUCUUCCAAAGUUGAGAAUGUUGACGACUCACUGGAGACGUCUGUGUUGGACUUGCCGGAAUUGGUGUUGGAAUGCAUUCUCGAGAAGCUUCCUCCCGACGCGCUUUUUCGAAUGGCGGGUGUUUGUUCUUCUUUGAGGGAGAGAUGCAGGAGCGAUCACCUUUGGGAGAAGCACAUGAAGCAGAAAUGGGGCAGAGUGAUUGGCCCUGCUGCUUACAGGGAGUGGCGGUGGCAUAUUGCUUCCAAGACUGAUGUGAUUGACUUGAAGCAGGGAAAGCAGAAAGGCCUCAUGAGAAUUCUCUCUCUUGGUUGGCCUUUCUCAUGGAUCAGAUCCAAGGUUGAUGAUCUCGGAAGCAAGCAGAGGUCUUGUUUGCCAGCUGAUUCAAUCAUGUCUUGGUACCUUGCUCUUGAGACUGGCAGGUUCUGGUUCCCCGCGCAGGUCUAUAACCGCGAGAAUGGGCAUGUUGGUUUUAUGUUGUCAUGCUACGAUGCUGAGCUUAGCUAUGAUCCCCGCACUGACACCUUCCAAGCCAGGUAUCCGCCGCAUGGAAGGAGAGCAGUUGCGAUUGAGGACGCUGUGCCAUGGGAAAGGCUUAGAGCGCCGCCUGUUGACACUCCGGCUCAUGAUCUUCACGUCUCCGACUGUUUGAAUGAGUUGCGGCCCGGUGACCAUAUAGAGAUUCAGUGGAGAAGAAACAAAGAGUUUCCUUAUGGUUGGUGGUAUGGUGUAGUAGGUCACCUGGAAUCGUGUGAUGGAAAUGAAAAUUACUGCCUUUGUCAUAAUAGUGACACGGUGGCUCUGGAGUUCAACCAGUACACACAUGGUUCACGGUGGAGAUGCACAAACAUCAGCAGAAGAGAUCAUCGAGAGGAGGGAAAUGAGGCAGAUGGGUUUUAUGGGGGAAUCAGGAAGCUCAGAACCAAACAAGAAAUUUCCAUGUGGAAGCUUCUUUGGCCUACGCAAGUUUUGGAAUAAUAUAAUAUUAUUAUAUGCAAAUUUGGUUUUGCAUUAGCGUUAAAAGAUUGUUAUUGGCACUCUAAAAUUCGCAUUAGCUACCUCAAACUUUCUAUAUUUAAAAAGAAAUUAUGCAAAAUGUAAAAUGAGAUUUUUUGAGUGCUAAUAACUAUUUCUUACCUUUAAUUCCAAUUAUAUAAUCCACUUGCAUCACAUUUUAUUUACCUUUAUUUUUAUUUUUAUUUUUUUUUGUGGGAUUCUGAUCGCUGUACACGGCAGAAUUCAUGCAAUUAAUGUAAGAUAACUUAUCCCACGAUUUGUAAAAGUUUAGUUGAUAAAUCUUCAAUUGGAAGUCGUAGAAAUUGGUAAUGCAA